UUAUGUCAAAAUAUAUUCUAGGAACUCUACACCACAGAAAGACACUAAGUAAAACAUAAAUAAAAAACACAUGACUAUGUUCCUGCAAUGUCCUUCGUUUUUGGGAGGGUCCAAAAACUAUACGAUUGAAGGCGAUCUGACUACGGGCAGCCAGGACAUGGACUACUCAAGCGGGCUGUGCGAAGAGUCUAGGGGCAGCAGCUCCGAAUCCUGCUACGGGCCAUCCUGUCGCCUUCAGCUGGCCCUCCUCGAUUACAAGCAGUUCAAGGCGGCCAGGACGAUUCAGUGUCACGUGAGGGGCUUUCUGGUCCGAAGAAAUCUCCAGCAGGAAAACAAGGCGGCCACCACGAUUGCCAAGUGGUGGCGCGGCUUUUGGGUGCGCCGCUUCAAGUUCGCCCUCAUCCAGCAGUUGCUGCAGCAGCGGAUCAGGCAGUACCACCACGACAUGGCCACCAAGAUCCAGGCCCUCUACCGCGGCUGGGUGACGCGCCAGUACUUCCAGGACUUCCAGGGCAUGAAGUCGCUGCGCAUGCAGUACGCCGAGGACAUGCUCAGCGUGCUCUACAGGAAGCUCUACAAGAUGAGGAAGGAGCACAUGCUGCCGGGAGUCUACGCGCUAAGAGAGUCUGACUUGCUGUCAAAGAUCGAGGACCUGUCCACCACCUUUGGCUACCGCUUCCAUAACGGAAGGGUACGAGCGGCCAUUGCCAUGAAGCGAGCCUUCAUCAACGACCGGCGAGUGGAGUUCCUUAGGUCCGAACGCUAUUCCAAAGCGCCUUAUCCAGGACCCUAUUCAGAGAACCUUCCCAACACCGAGUUCACUUUACCGAAAAAUAUUGGCCCCCGUUUGCAGCGAACGAUCCUGGUGUACGACAAGUCGAUGAGGGAUAAACAUGUGGAGAAGGUCCACCUGAACUACUCAACCAAACGUCGCAUCAGCAUGAAUGUCCUGCGUGAGAGCCAGCGCAGCCGAUUCUGCAAGGACUUCAUAAGGCGAAUCAUGGCCAAUAAGAACAUGGCCAGGAAGCAACUUGAGCGCAAAAUGAUUCAGUUCUUCCUCGACGAUCUCCUGGCCGCCGCCGAAGACUACAAUUGCUUCUGCAAGUCGAGGAUGACAGAGGACAGUUUGUGCCCAUAGGUUGAUUUAGCACUGGAUAUUUGAAAAGAUCAGGAAAGUGCUGGGACAACUUAUGUGCACAUUCAGUCGCUUAUACAUUACAAUUACAUAAUUGAUAAAU